AUGAAGCCACAAUACGAGACGUGUAGUGCAACAAAGAUUACAGCUGUGAAGGUCACUGGUCUAUUCGAAACUGAAAGCUUUCCAAAUGCGAAUUUUAAGGUUUCGAGAGGUUCGUCCAUUCAGGUCUACAAAUUCACCCUCACUAAUCUUCCAUGCCUUAACUCAUAUGAUUGGAUCGUGCUUUACAACUUGUCGCUAAGAGAUGGACAGAAGUAUGAGCCCGUUAUUGCUCACCUCAAACAGAUGAUAUUUCAUACAUUUAUGAGUAUGCGCAGAUGGAUGCUGAAAUUGAUGCCAUGUUACGAAGGAAGCCAAGUGUACUUCCUAAAAAUAAUCCUAUUGGUUUUGACAAGAUGA